AUGGAUUAAAACUAGAAAGAAAAGGAAUCUUCAAGUGAUGAAUAGUUAAUAAAGACAUUUAAGGAAGAGAUGGAAUGUUAUUUUAAAGACAUAGAUUUAAAUUAAAAGAAAGAAAAAACAGCUGUUAUUUUAUUUGGUAAAACAAGAGUUGGAAAAUCAACAAUUUAUCAUAUUUUAAAAGGUGAUGAAUUGUAAAAAACUGAUAAAGGAAGAUUGUAUAUUGAAAAAGACCAAGUACCUUUAAUUGGUUUAGACAAUAUUCCCUUUACAAAAAAUCUAAAUAUUUUCAGUUUUUCUUACGAAAAUUAAGAUAUAGAUAUUAUAGACACUCCUGGAUUUGAAGAUAAUCAAAACCCAUUGAAUGAUUUAAUACCAUAAAUCCAAUUAUUGAAAGUACUAAAUUCUUACAAAAAUAUAUUACUAUUAAUAGUUUUUCAAUUUGAUAUUGAUAACUGUGAUAAUUAUCGAUGCCCUUUAUUUUUAGCUAAAAAUUUAUUUUAAAGUUCAAAAGAUUUUGAAUCUAUGUUUUAAAAUACGACAAUUUGCCUAAUUGCAAAUAAAGUAGAUAGAGACUAAUUGAAUGAGCCCAAAACAUGUAUAGAAAAUGAAAUUAAGGGUAAAGCAUAAAAAAUUCAAUCAAACUAACAUUUACCACAAGAAUUUUAUAAAGCAAUCAUAAAUAAUAUAUUUGAAUUAUAAAAAUGUGCAGUAAAACAUGAAUAAGUUGAAUUUAAAGAGAGUAUCUAUAAAUUUAUCAAUUAAAAAAGGAAUCAUAAUUAAAAUGUCAAAUUUAAAUUGAGUUUAAAUGCUGACUCUAAAUUAAAACUUAAUAAGAUAUUAAUUGGAAUUAGAGAUAUUUUUUAAGUUGAAAUAGACUAAUCUAUUACAAAAUUCAUUUAAAAAACUUAAGAAUUAGAUGAAUUAUAGAAAAAAAGAGAUUAAUUAAUGCAAUUCUGCUAAAUUAUAGUUGAUGAUAUCCCAAUGUCAUUUUUGAAUGAAUACUAUUAUUAAGAUUUAACAAAAUAUUAUACUGCAUUAAAAUAUGAGGAAUGCAAAUCAACAAAGCUUGAAGAACUCAGAUAUUUAUUUGAAUAGAACAUUAUAGAGAAUUUAUUUUAAUGUUUAUAAGAAAUAUAAAUAAAUCUUACAUAAUUUAUAAUAUCUAACAAGAAUAAGAAAUAAGAAGUGUGGAAUGAAGUUAUGACUAUUUAAAAGUAAAUAAUAGAAAAAAUAAAACCCACUGAAAAAGAGAAAUAGAUAAUUGAUGGUAUUUAAUCAAGUAUCGACGAAUUUGCAGAUUAGUCUUAUUUCGAUAGAUUAUUAGUAUUUAUUGGGAAUCCAUUGUCUGGUAAAAGUACUUCAAUUAACUUGCUAUAUAAUGUUACUCAUCGAAAAAUGCUUUUUAAAAACUCUUUAAUGCAAAUACACUUUGGAAAAAUAGAAUACGACAAGGUAAUUGAGAUUGUAUAAAAAGAUAAAGACUUAAUUAUUGAAUUUGAACAAUUUUCAGAAGAUUUUGUUGUAUUACUGGAGUACUUUUUUGUUUAUUGUCAAAAAAACUAAAAAGCUUUUUCUUUAUAAUUAGUCACAGAUUAAGAUUUUUUAGAUGAAAAAAUAUAAUUAGGUUUAAUUAAAUUUAUCAAUUUGAAUAGAAUCCCAACUCUUAACUAAUUUAAUAUAAUAUAAAAUAUUAAAUAAGGAUUUACUGAUAGUUAAAAUGUAGACCUUUAAAAAUUGAAUUAAAUUAUUAAGAAUCCAAAUUAUUAAAAAAUUUAAAUCGAUGAUGGGGAUUACAAAUUAGAUUAAUAAAUAAAAGAUAACUCACACUGUUUUAAAGAUUUUAAAAUUAAUUAAAUUUAAUAAAACGAAUUAGAAAAUGUAUCCUAGUGCAUAAAAAAAAAAUUAGAUGGAUUAGAAUAAUAAUUUAUUAAUUAAAUUUAAAAUAUUCAAAAAAACAAGAAGUUUUUGAAUGAAAAAACAUAAUUCAAUUAUUAAUUAAUUCUUAAAAUUAAGGAAUUAGAUCCUGAUAAAGAAAACUUUGAAAAUUAACUAUAAGAUAUUAGAAAAAUCAUAAAUCAAUAAUUAGAGUUUAUUAAUGAUAAUAAUUUAGGAAAACAUUAAAAAUUAAAAAAAUUGUUCAUUUACUUAAUAAAAGAAUACAAAAUAUUUGAAAAAAUAGAAUCUACUACUGGAGAAUUUUAAAAAAUUUUUAAGACUGUUGAAAUGGUUGUUGAAAAAUAUUCAAAUGUUGCUUUAAAUUAAUUAGAUUUAAUUAAUUUAUUAUAAUAAUCUAAUAAUGUUAAUAAAGAUUUGCUUAAUGAUUCUGAGAUUAAAUGUCUAACUGUAUUAAAGAUAUUUUAUCAGUAAUUCCAAACUGAAUCAAAGACUAAUUAAGAGAUUCAUGUGAAUAAAAAUUAUCAAGCAAUGAUUCAAGGUUAAAAUAUAUCCAUGGAAAAUAAGAAUAGUAUUAUAACAAUAUUAAAUUAUUUUAAAAAAGAAUUGCUUGAAAACAUUAAGAUUUUGAAAGAAUUACUAGAUUUAUUAAAGUCAACUUAAUACAUAGGCUACGAGUAAUUAGAUUCCUUUUUUUUAGUGAAAUAUUUUUUUAAAGUAGUCCAUUGUUUCAAAAUAAAUGAAAAUGAGGAAACUAAGAAAGCAGUAGAAAAAGCAGAUUAUUAGCAGAAAAUUAUAGAAAAUGGAUAAUUUUGUCUAUCUAACUCUAAGUUAUUUAAUAAAUGA